CAAGUUUCUGUAAAGACGGACGGAAAGAGAAGAAUAAUGAAUCCAUUAACGAAAUUCGAACGUCCAAUGUACUCCAAGCUGGUGGAACAUCCUGGCGUUUGGCAGCCGGAUUUGUACCGUGCACGGCCGAUCAAGUCGGCAAUGGAAUCCAGCGAUCCGCAUCUACUAGACGGGUACGCAUUUCGGAAUCUCUACAUCGAGUCCCCGACAGCGGAACUUCCCGACCAUAAUCAUUCGAAUGCGGAACGAUACGAGGAUUUCGUAUCUCGCAUGGCCAAUAUGAACCGAAGAGCGUAUGGGUGCAUCCAUCGGGAGCACUUCGCCGGGCAAGAUCUGGGAGCUGACUACUUGAAACGGGAAUGGUUGAAUCGAAGUAAUACGACCUAUCGAAGGCACCAUUGCCGAGAGAGCCGGGAGCUCGAUUCGCUGGACAUCAAGAGAAGGAAAAUUCGCGCGAGAAAGCAACCCGUUCCGAUCCCGCCGAGAUGGGCUUUCAAGGAAACGUCCACUGCGGCAACUCACCGUACGUGGGAGGACCUAUCGGCUUUGAAGGAAACAUCUUUCACAUACAAACACUAAAAACGGUAGGAUACUUACUCUUGUCCUAGGCUAUGGUAGAACUCCAGCGACUUCGUGCUCCUCGCUAUUGGCAGGAAUAUCAUGGUGGCA